GUGAAGGAGUGGGGAAGGUCUACAUGAGUGAACGCUGUAGUAUUCAGAGGGAGCAGAUUACUUUGGAAAUUUGACUGUGAGGGCUCCACGGAACGUUACAGCAGAAGUGCACGCUUAUUGCUUGCUUUUCAGCAGCGUGGAAACAGCGAGGCCGUUGGAGAAAAACUAACAGGACUAUGAGGACGAGAAACCGAGAGCAAACAGAGACACUAGACAAAGGAGAGCUCCAUUUCUAUAAAAACACUCCAUAACGGAGCAAACAAAGCCCAACAACUGUUUUGACACUUACAUUGCUGUCUGGUCAUCGACAUAUAAACAGAACAGAACGGAUUGAAACCGAUCCUGCGUUGAUCAGCUGGGAAAGAAAACUGGAGAGGUUGAAAAUCACUGAUUUAACGUUACUUCUGUGAAAAUGGGGGAGCAGCCAAUAUUCAGCUUGAAGGCACACGUCUUCCAGAUUGACCCGGCCACUAAACGAAAUUGGAUUCCAGCCAGCAAACACGCCGUCACCGUCUCCUUCUUCUUUGAUGCCGGCAGGAGCGUGUAUCGCAUCAUCAGUGUAGGGGGCACUAAGGCGAUUAUCAACAGCACCAUUACACCUAAUAUGACCUUCACGAAAACGUCACAGAAGUUUGGCCAGUGGGCGGACAGCAGGGCCAACACAGUGUAUGGCCUCGGGUUUGCCACCGAGCAGCAGCUUCAGCAGUUCUCAGAGCAGUUUAAAGAGUUUAAGGAGGCGGCACGACUCGUCCGGGAUAAAUCACAGGAGAAGUUUGAGCUGUUGAGUCCUGGCCUAAAUAUCUCUUCUCCACAGGGGCUGUGUGAGGACCGUCAGUCUCCUCCAUUGCUUGGAGUCAAUGGCUCCAGUGAGGACAAGUUGUUUCGCAGCAAGAGUGCUGAUAUGGAGGAAUCCACGGAGAAAGAGCAGAUGAGGAAGAUGCUUUCUGAAGGGUCGAUAUGUGAGAGAAACUCAGAUGCUGAGCUGUUUUCUCUUCGGGACAGCAACACUAAGCUGGUAGCCGCUCUUCAUGAAGCUAACAGCAGCAUUGACCAAUGGAAAAAACUAUUAGCUGAGUAUCAGGAAGAAACAGAUCGCCUACGAGAGCAGGUUGCAGAGCUGGAGGCUCAGAGUGGAGUUUCUGCUUCCAGUGAGACGGGCAGCGAGGAGCUCACACAGACUGUGGCAGAGAUGGAGGCGCUUAUCAGAGCUAAAGAUGAGGAAAUAAAGAUUCUACGGAGCAAGAAACCAGAUUUAAGUGAGCUGGAGAAAGAAAAGGAAGAGGCCUGUCAAAGGAUACAGGACCUGGAAGUGAAGAACUCUGAGUUGGAUAAACGAGUGCGAACAGCAGAGAGCGCUUUAGCUUCGUCCCAGGAUGCUCGGAGCAGGGCGGAGAGCGCGGUGCAGAAGGUCAUUGAAACUUUAGACGUCAAGAUCUACGACUUGAGCGACCUGCGGCAGAACCUAGCCGAGCUCCUGGAGAAAUGACCUCUGCGCUCAGACAAAUGUUAAUCAUGAGGUAGAUAAGAACUCUUCCCAAGCUGCACAACUCAACGCUUGGUCACGGUACUAGUCUCCUAGUGAAAACUAGAGCGGUGAUGACUAGGAUGAAUUUAGGACACGUUCAUUCCACAUUCACUUCCUGAGAGCCACGGGUGUAACUUACCAGAUGUUUCUCGCACAGAACUGGCCCUGUUUGCUUGAAAUAGUCACGAGGAAAAUUAUAAACAGACUAGACCUUCUUUAGAGCGGUUUACUGGUACUAUAUGACAAUAUAUUUGAAAGUGUUGUUAAGAUCUGUGAUUUGGUUGUGACUAGUCUUCUAAUUAGAAUAAGACUUUGAACAAAACGUUCUGUAGAUAUAAGCUAACGUUCGAUGUGUUCACCAGUAUUGUUAGAUACAUAACUAGAACUGACGAAUGAGAAGAUCUAACUAUUUACGGACACCAGCAUGUCUCUGUUAGGACGUUAAGCGAUGUAAAGGCUUAUGGUUUCUCUUAUUCCUUUAUUAAGUUUGAUAAAUGAAGGGCUCUGCGUUUGACAACCAGAGAAACGGGGAACUCUAAGCACAAAGCACUAAUAAAACGUGAUAUUUCUCUUAGUGACAAACGUGAAUGGUUAUCGUUAACUUCUCUUUUUUUCAUUUACUCAUUUAUUCAUUAUUUGAACUGGUCUGCUGCAGUCUAAAUAUGUAGGUAGUUAUAGAUCGAAUGCGUUUUUGCAAGGAUCUACUGUUUUGGAGAGUACUUUCAUUUAAUUGUCACUGUCAGAUUCCAUUAGUUCUAAAUGCAACAACCCUUAAGGAACAACACUUUAUAGACCGUUUGCAUUUAUGUAUGCAUGCAUCUUUAUACCAAGCUUUAUGGUAUAUAAUUUUUCCUAUUUUAAAAAACAUGAACUUUUACUUUAACUAUUGCUUUCAUUUAACCUUGCUUGGACACUUGCCCUAUAACCUUAAAGACAUUUGCACAUAUGCUAUUUUUCUAUUGUGUGCCUGUUGUUGUUGGUUUUAUAUGAAUUCCCAAUAAACGUAUUUGCUUCUUGAGUAUA